AUGAAUAACAGUCAUCUGCCGGCUGGGCGGGCCGGCCUCGGAGCCGGUGCAGCGCAGGGCAUGGCCGACAUACCGGGCGGCAGCUUCGGGAACACCCAAGGGAACAACGGUGCCGGUAGCGGCAAUCACAAUGUCCAGAACGGUCACAACAGCCACAAUAACCACAACAGCCACAAUAACCACAAUGGCCACAAUGGCCACAACGGUCACAGUGGUCAUAAUGGCCAUCACGGUGGCCGCGGCGGUGGGCCCCGGCGAGGUCGCCACUACGGUAACAACUACAAUAACCAGAACAAUGGCCAGUACGGCUACAACAACCACAAUGGCCCGUACCAGCAGCAGAUGUUCCAGCACGGGUACAUGCCCCUGUAUGGCAACCAGCAGUUCGGUUAUCCCCAGAUGCCGUACAUGCAGAACCAAGGAAUGCCCGCUCCCUUCAUGCAGUUCCAACAGCAGCAGCAGCAACAGCAACAGCAGCAGCAGCAGCAGCAGUAUGGUCGCCCUGGUAUGCCGGGUCAAUUUGCUCCUAUGGGGAUGCAUCCGCCGCCGCCGCCUCCACCGCCGCAGUCGCAACAGCAUGCUCCUCUGGCUUCCCACGCACAGCACCCGCAAGGACUGCCGCAUAACAUGCAGCAACCGCACUUGUCUCCCUAUGCGCGGAACGCCCAGAAUGUACCUCUGGUUGUCGCCACGCCGCAGGCCCAGCAGCUGCCGCCUCCGUACCCUCUGCACGGCAUGAUCCCUCCUCAGCAAUCUCCGCCAGCUGGUAUCGCAUCCUACCAGCCUCCUCCUUUGCAGGCGUCAAUGGGCCUGCCUCCUUCUCUCCCGCCGCAUAUCCCUCUAGUUGGUCGUGGCGAUGUACCACACAACAACGCCAUCGCUCACGCCGCCGCCGGCAACCCCUAUACACCGAACGACAACCCUCCUCCCGCCUCAAUACCUUCGCUCUCGACCCACUCUACGACCACCCCGAUGUCGGCCAUAUCUACCCAACAGAACGCCCCGCCUGCCCCUGAAGGCAAUGCCUUCACUCCCUCUACGGAAGCGGGACCUACUCCGACGUCCGAAGCGGAUCCAUCUUUGCUGCAAGAGAACGUCGAGUCCUCCUCCGCUGUCCAGACUCCUUCCGAGCCAGAAGCGCCUGGUGUAGCAAAGGCCUCUCAGCCUCCAAAACGUUUCAGAGCACCACUACCGUGGUACUCCUCGCCCAAAGAGGCCUUCCCUCCGAGACGCGCAACUGCACGCCGGAAACGUCGGGACAUGGGUGGCUUUGAGAGUGUUGAGCUGCCUCCCAGCCAGCACGUGGCUGUAGCAGCCACCGUCGCUUCUACUAUCGCGCCGCAGACUCCCAAGCCUGGUCCUGCUUCCACCUCCGCCACCACACCUAGCCCUGCCAAGGCAUCUGUGACUAGCCCAACGGCUCCCGCAGUUCCCGUGAUUCCUGCUCUUCCUGUUCGCGCAGCUGCCACAAAGCCAAUUACGGAUGGCCCUGUGGCCAGCGCUACGGCAAUAGAGGCUGCUGAACCGCCACGGGAGGGCGAAGCUGCUCCUGUUAAUGGCGAGGCUGCGACCAACGGCGACGUCGCCGAGAAGGCCGAGAAGGCUGAGCCAGCUGCCGUUCCGGUGCCGUCGGGCCCCAAGCUGUGGACUGGCUUGUUUUCAAAGGCCGCUGCAGCAGGAAACGCCGGCGUGAACGGCGCCGCUGCCACCAACGGUCAUGCCGCUGCCAACGGCACGAACGGUUCGACUGGUGUCUUUGCCAAGUCGAACGCCAAUUCGCUGGCGGAGGCGGUCUCUUCAUACCGUGUCGGUACCGCGGACAAGGUGGCUUUCAUUGAGCCGCGCGGUCUGAUCAACACGGGCAACAUGUGCUACAUGAACUCCGUGCUCCAAGUCCUCACGUUCUGCAUCCCCUUUUACGACUUCCUCGACCAGGUUGGCCAGAAGGCGGCGUUCAGCUUCAAGAGCGAGACGCCCAUGAUCGACGCCAUGAUCAUGUUCCUGCGCGAGUUCAAGGUCAUCGACCGUGCCGACCCCGCGGCCCUCCAGAAACGCCUCAAGAGCGACGACCUGGAGCGGUACGGCGAGGCUUUUACCCCUGAAUUUGUGUACAACGCCAUUAAGCAACUGCCACGGUUCUCCAGCAUGAUUCGUGGUCAUCAGCAAGAUGCCGAAGAGUUCCUUGGCUUCCUGCUCGAGACUCUUAACGACGAGUGCGCCAAGGUUAUGCAGGAUGUGGCCAAUACGGCCAACACCAACGGCUCGUCACCCACGUCUGCGCAGGCCACGCCAGCGCUUUCUGUGACGUCUGACGUUGCUGACCCUUCCGGAGGAUGGCUCGAGGUUGGCCCCCGUCAGCGCGCCGCCGAGACGCGGUCAUCGGGACACGCCCUGACCUCACCCAUCAACAGUAUCUUCAGUGGUCUUCUGCGGUCGGAGCUGCGCGUUCCUGGGCGCAAGGAUUCCGUGACCCUGGAGCCGUACCAGUCUCUGCAGCUGCACAUUGACUCGCCCGAGGUCCGCAACAUUGUCGAUGCGCUGCGCAACCUCAUGAACCCCGAGAUUCUGCACGCCGACUUCAAGUCCCCCCAGGGCAAGGACGUCCGCGCAACGAAGCAAGUGUUUAUUGAGGACCUGCCGCCGGUCCUGAUUCUGCACCUCAAGCGCUUCCAGUUCGACUGGCAGGGCAACGGCACUGUCAAGAUCUGGAAGAAGAUUGGCUACCCGCUGGAGCUGGAGAUCCCACGCGAGAUCUUCAGCCGCCGAAAGCGCAAUACCUUCCUGUCGGAGCCCCUCCCCAAGUACCGCCUCAACGCCGUCGUCUACCACCACGGCAAGCAGGCCAGCGGUGGCCACUACACUGUCGAUGCGCUGCGCGAGGACGGCCGCGAGUGGAUCCGUCUGGACGACACCGUCAUCCGCCGCAUUCGGCGCGAGGAGGUGGCCCAGGGCGGCGCUGAGGAGUCUGCUGGCUCGAGCAGCACGGCGCCGCCAAGCAACCCGUCCAACGCCGUCAUGGCCACACCGAACCAAGUUGCGGGCAACGCGAACCGCUUUGCUGGCAUGGGCGAGGAGGAAGCCGGCGACAGCGACAACGACUGGAGCGCGCCUAUCAACGGCAAUGGUAAGAAGUGGAGCUCAGUCGCGAAUGGCGCGACGAGCCCCAAGAACAAGGCGCCCAAGGAGAGCAUCAAGGACAACAAGGUUGCGUACCUGUUGUUCUACCAGCGCAUCAACUGA